AGAGAAUUUAGCAUUGGUGGCCUUAUUUGUUGAGUAGAUGCAUUCCUCUGCCCUCCUCGACGCCCACUAAAAAUCUUGCUAUAUAAAAAGGCAACUCUUGCCCCGAAAUCUUCAGUCGUCUUCUGGCCGUGGUUGAAGGACCUUACGUGAAGCCUGACUCAUUUCCUAAACAUCCAACAUGUGUGACGAAGAGGAAGCGGCGGCUCUCGUCUGCGACAACGGCUCUGGCCUGGUUAAGGCAGGUUUCGCCGGGGAUGACGCCCCCCGCGCCGUCUUCCCCUCCAUCGUCGGCCGCACCAGACACCCGGGAGUCAUGGUCGGCAUGGGGCAGAAGGACGCCUACGUCGGAGAUGAGGCCCAGAGCAAGAGAGGUAUCCUCACCCUCAAGUACCCCAUCGAGCAUGGCAUCGUCACCAACUGGGAUGACAUGGAGAAGGUCUGGCAUCACACCUUCUACAAUGAACUCCGUGUUGCCCCUGAGGAAUCCCCAACAAUGCUCACUGAGGCUCCCCUUAACCCCAAGGCCAACAGAGAGAAGAUGACUCAGAUUAUGUUUGAGACCUUCAACAUGCCCGCCAUGUACGUCUGCAUCCAAGCUGUCCUGUCCCUCUACGCCUCCGGUCGUACCACUGGUCUGGUUUGCGACUCAGGAGACGGCGUAACCCACAUGGUCCCUGUGUACGAAGGAUUCGCCCUUCCCCACGCCAUCCUUCGCCUUGAUUUGGCCGGACGCGAUCUGACCGCCUACAUGAUGAAGAUCAUGACUGAGAGAGGCUACUCCUUCACCACAACAGCCGAGCGCGAGAUCGUCCGUGACAUCAAGGAGAAGCUCUGCUACAUCGCCCUCGACUUCGAGAGUGAGAUGAAUAUGGCCGCAGCUUCUGCAGCUGUUGAGAAGUCAUACGAGCUUCCCGACGGUCAGGUCAUCACCAUUGGCAACGAGCGCUUCCGUUGUCCAGAGUCUCUCUUCCAGCCAUCUUUCUUGGGCAUGGAAUCAGCUGGCGUCCACGAGACUGUCCACACCUCCAUUAUGAAGUGCGACAUCGACAUCAGAAAAGAUUUGUUCGCGAACGUUGUUAUGUCUGGAGGUACCACCAUGUACCCGGGCAUUGCUGACAGGAUGCAGAAGGAGAUCACUUCCUUGGCACCUUCGACCAUCAAGAUCAAGAUCAUCGCUCCCCCAGAGAGGAAGUACUCUGUUUGGAUCGGCGGCUCUAUUUUAGGAUCACUUUCUACUUUCCAGAAUUUGUGGAUCACCAGGGACGAGUACGAAGAGUCCGGUCCUGGAAUCGUCCACCGAAAAUGCUUCUAAAUGCUAUUGAUUUUAUUUUAUUUAUUUAUUUAUCUAUUUAUUUAUUUACUUUUUUGUUUCUUCGUUCGUUUAUUUGUUUAGAAAAUUAACGACUAUGUCAACGUUAUUGUUAGCUAGAAAAUACAAGUAUCGAUAAGGUAAAAAUAUAUUUACAAGAAAUAAUUCUAUUGUUUCAUGCAAUCAAUAUUAGUAGUAUUUAUUUAUUUUAAGUUCUAGAAACUACAAAAUGAAAAUUAAAGAAUAUUUCUGACUAGCAAAGCUUUUCUUUCUGUGCCAGGUAAACUAAAUGCAUAGAUGAUCUCAAAGAAUAUUGAAUGAAAAAGCGUGUUGUUAAAAAAACAGUUUUUUAA